AUGUGGGCUACCGCUCCACUGCCGUAUUACUCGGCCUACAAGCCAAACCGAAGGAAAGAGAGGGCCAGCACCGGCAACAACAAAGAUAGCUCGCCGCCGUCGCCUUCCCUCCACAGCAGACAACAGCCACCACCUCCCCUCCCUCUUCUUUCUACCCAGUUUCACCCAGACAACAUCACGGAUUUGCUCGAGCCUGCUCUUGAUGGACCGCCAUCGCCAGAAAGAAUUCGUGCCCUGAGCAAGCAGAUGAAGAGGGCCUCGGCCGCGGACAAGCACAAGAGCCACGCAACCACGUCCUCCGGCUCGUCGUCCUCGCUGCGCUCACUCAACUCGGACCGAUCGUGGGAACACACCCUGGAAACCAUCACCAUCUCGAGACGUUCUUCCGGCCGCUCAACCUCGAGUACCAUGCCGUCGUCCCGAGACCGCCCAGAGAGCGUGCAGCUCUUUGGCAAGACCAUCUUCAACCGCAGGGCCAGGAUGAAGCGGGAGAGUAGCAACCAGACGCCCUCUGGCACUUCCUUGCAUCCCGGUGAGCUUGUCCUCGAUGGUCCGACCUCGACGAACAAGGACCACUUCAUUCCAUCCAUUUUCGGCCGUCGCAGGACUCUAAGGCAGGACGACCUAGGUGACGACCCGGCCCUGGCACGAAAGCUGCAGAUAUCGGGCCCCUACAACUUCCAACACGUCACUCACACCAAACGGGACCACCUGCCGGACCUUCAGCGGGGCAGCCGUGCCGAGCUGGUGAGCGAGUUUUCCGCCAUCCGCGCCGGCCAACGGCCGACCACUGGCCAGCCCCGCGGGUUCGACGUCGAGGACCUGCACUUUGCCAAUUUCUCGUCCGAAGCGCUGCACACGCUGCAAGAUGGCGCCGCCGCCGCUGCCGCCUCAUCAGGCGAAACUAGCGCAGCAGACCUGUCGCUAAACCGUCCACCCACCAUUUCCCGGCACACAGGCCCUCCCUCGGCGCCCCGGCGGAUGAUUAAACACACCCGCUCACAGGAACAACUGCGCUCGAGCCCGCCACGGCCGGCGCCCCCGCGGCCGCCUAGGUCGCCCAUUCGCGAAGAGCCCAUGUCGCCCACCCUCCCGGGCUCGCCCGUCCCCCCGCCCAGGUCGUCGAGCCGGAUCGCGAAACACUUUACGGUCUCCCAGGAAUCCGUCGCCACGGCCGACAGCGGCGCACCGCAACGCCCCCAGACCAGCAACGGCAUCCAGAACCCCGGCUUCUCCGAAGCAGUAACCGAUGGCAUCGAGCCUACGGCUACCGCUCAAGAGACGACGUCUUCCGGCGGCCUGGAGGUGCUGACGGACCCGCGAUUCUCCCACGCAAUCACUACCCCCGACGAUGCGGCGUGGCCGCUGACCGCCAGCACCAAUUUUUCUUACGAGAUGGCAUUGCCAGACGUGCCCGAGGAGGAGGAGCAGUAUGUCUCGACUGGACGGUCUCGUGGCAGCUUGGUCAGCACGCGUUCAUCGCUCCGGGGAAGCCAGUCCGUGCCUGUUUUGAGGCAGCUGGCGCAAACGCAAGACGAUCCCGAACGGCCGCCGAGCGGCGCGUCGGACACGCUGGGUGGCAGCCUCGACGUGCUAGCUACACAGAAAGCGCCGAGGGAGGUUCAGGAGGCCGAGUCCGACGCGGCCGAGGCUCCUCGCCGGGCCAGCUGGGAGGACGACAUUGAUUAUUGCUACGAGCAUGAGGUCGAGGCCGAUUGCGAUUACGCAUGGGACCGUCCGUCCUUGGACCUCGUGAGGGAAAGUUUCGUGCUAACCAACUUCGACACGGACAACUUCUUCGUGGCGCCGCUUUCGGCCGGACUGAUACCGGCACCAAGCGGACAACACAUGGACAACAUGCCAGCGCUGAGCCCCGCCAGCCAGACCUCGACAAGCGGCCACGAGGCCAUCACGCCCACCGUAACGACGACAUUGCCCGUCAAAUCCAACUUCUCACACCCCCGGAAGGAGACGAACUACAGAGGCACCUCGCACCUCCACGUGAGGACGGCAUCGCAUGCUUCGAGCUUCAAGGAGUCCCACGGGUUCAACCUGUCGCCAUCGCUUCUCAUCCCCGGAGACUACCGCCAGCAGAUGCUGGCCGAAUCGGAUACGGACUUGUACCCCGUCGAGAUUUCGAGGCACAACUCGGACCACUUUUCCUUCGACGAGGAGCCCGUGCUGACGAUGGAAACCCCUGGCCUGUUCGCCCGAGACCGCGCCAGCACGUCGACGACCGGCAGCAACUCGUCAAGCCAGACCAGCUCGACGGGAGCGCGCCACGCCUCUACCAACUCGACAUGGACGGCGCUGACCAGGUACACGGGAAGCACGACGUUUGAAGGAUGGAACCCCAAGUUCGAAGGCAGCGACCACUCGCGUUCGUUCAGCGCCGACGACUUCCCCGAACUCGCCCUCGGGUCCCCUAGGGGACUAAAGUCCACCAUGACGCCUCUGCCCGAGUCUGACGAGGUCCUGGCCAUGUCUCGUUCGACGGGCGACAUGCGCGCCGCCUCGGGACGGCUCGAUGCCAGCCAGUCCCAAGAGAAUCUGCCGCUCUACAAGACGAAGGAGCCCGUCAACCAGCACCGACGCCAACGUGCGCAGACUCUGAGCGCCCCUCCGCCUCCCGGGCAGUACGCUCUUUUCCCGCCCAUCUACUCGGGCAGCCGAAUCUAA